CCUAACUCGAAUGUACGAUUUUGAAGACAGUGGGAACUCUCCCUUCAUGUCUCCUUGACUCUCGUUUAAGUCCUCGGCGGUCUUGGUCUCUCUCUCUCUCUCUCUCUCACGGUUUCAUUACAUGAGGAGAAAUGAACGGAGAAGCUAACCAAGAAAAACCUCCUCUUCUCCUACCCGCCGCCACCGCCGCCGCAGUCUCCGGCGCCGGAGACAGGCUAAAGCGCGACGAGUGGAGCGAAGGAGCAGUCUCGAGCUUGCUGGAGGCCUACGAAGCCAAAUGGGUUCUCAGAAACAGAGCGAAGCUCAAGGGUCAAGACUGGGAAGACGUCGCCAGGCACGUGUCCUCACGCGCCAACCAGACCAAGUCCCCCAAGACUCAGACUCAGUGCAAGAACAAGAUCGAGUCCAUGAAGAAACGCUACCGUUCCGAAUCCGCCGCCGCAGAAGGCUCCUCCUGGCCUCUCUACCCUCGUCUCGAUCAUCUCCUCCGUGGAAACGCCGCCGUGCCGCCGCCGCCGCCGCCACCGCCGCAGCAGCAACCGCAGGUUGUUCAGCCUCUGAAUAGUACAGCUCCGUUGCUGCUCCUGGAGCCGUCUCCGUCGCCAUCUCCGGCGAGGGCUCAGCCGCCACCGCCGCAACUCCCGGUGCCUCCAGAGACUAUUCAGAUGUCUAACGGGUCGAACGGCAUCGGCCGAAUUGCCAAGGAAGACGGAGUGAAGCCGAAAUUCUCCGAGCAAUCACCGGAAACAGCAAUGGAGAUGGAGACAGACAGUAGCACACCAGCGAUGUACAGAGACAGCAGCAACAACGACAACAACAACAACGCGAAGAUGAAGCCGAGGAAGGCGAAAUCAAAGAAAAGGCCAAAGGAAGAGAAGGAGAUAGCGGGAAGCAUAAGGUGGUUAGGUAAGGUAGUGAUGAGAUCGGAGAGAGCGAGAAUGGAGACGAUGAAAGAGAUCGAGAAGAUGAGAGCCGAGGCUGAGACGAAGAGAGGAGAGAUCGAUCUGAAGCGUACGGAGAUUAUCGCAAAUACCCAACUGGAGAUCGCCAAGAUCUUCGCCGUUGCUGCUUCCGGGCACAGCAAAGGUAUUGAUUCCUCGUUGAGGAUCGGCAGAAACUGAGUUCUUCUUCUAACUCUUUUGCCCUGUUCCUUUUUUUCGGUACAUAAAACUUUGAUCUGAUCAAUAAUCAUUCCUCUGUUGCUCCAUUUGCUUCGAUCGAACUGGUGAAAACUGGGAUUUUGGGGUUCAAAGUGUUUGAUCUUGAGCAUCAUGAUUCUGGAA